AUGUCCAUUCGUCGUACGAUAGAAAAUAACGAUGAGGCCGGUAUCAGACCAAGCAAAACCUACCAAUCAUUUGUUGCGGCUACCGGAGGUCACCGCGAGUUAAAUUUUAUUGAAAAGGACGUGAGGAAUUACAUUACCAGGGAAGUGCGGAAUGUUUCCGAACAAGAAGAUGUAAAGGAAUUCGGGAAAUAUUUCUUAAGAAUGAAAGAGAAGAAUCCGAAUUUCUUUUUUGAGCUCGAACUCGAGGAGGAUCAAUCGAUUAAGCUGGCCUUUUGGGCCGACGCAAGAAGCAGAGCAGCCUGUGAGUAUUUCGAAGACGUCAUUUCGUUCGACACCACCUACAAUACAAACAGUAUACGAAGUCGGAGAAAAGUUUCCAGCUCAAUAUUCAACAAGUUCGCGGUUACCUACGACUCAGUUGCAGCCGAGAUAAACCUGUUUGAUGCUGCAUUAGCGGCGCAUUCAAAUUGCAGCCAAUAUCAAGGACACGUUAUAAAUUAUCAGUUCAGGGUACCAGCAGCAGGGGAUAACUCUUUGGGUGAUUAG